AUGUCCCGAUUCCCCACCCCGCAAUGUGUUGGUCCGGGUGUGCUGGAGGUUGAGAAUCUGCCUCCAGCCUAUGACUUGGCGGUAAAUAAUUGCAGAUCUUUCUCUGGUGGAUUAAAAAGUUAUUACCCGCAUCAUCUCGAAGACCGUGAAUCACUGAUGGCGGAUGACGAGGCAUCGGAUUCGGUGGAACGUUCGGAAAUGACUUCCUCAGACGGAAGUGUAAAUUCUAUGUUUAUGAGCGACUUCAUUGGAGAUGCCACCUGGCCCAUCGCAGUGAAUGCCAGCGAAGACAAAGGUUCAUCAAGCUUUCCCCGCGAAGCGCCAUUGCACUCCGCGGCAAAGAACUCCAGUGAUUCAGAGUACAACUCAAGUGCUGCUGAUGUUACGUUAAGAUCGUCUUCGCCUAACGUAUCCCUUAGGUUCCCUAAACUUACCCGAAACGGUAAUCGGGUCGGGUCGUUCAAUACCUCUGCGGGAUCCUCAAUGACGUGCCCAACGAUGGGCCCCGCUAUCACAAUUUCCGUGGACGAAAAGGCAGACUCCCAUAUCAGUGCACGUCUUAGCCACGAUAGCAAAAAGGAAGGGCAGGUGCGUUUCAAAGAAACGGACCAGAACGAUUCUGCUCACAGUAUCCUGCUGGAUCCUGCGUUUUUUGGAAGGCAGACAUCGACAAUUGUGGUCAGUUCAGCUGUACAAGUUAGGGACCAAAUUGUGUCAUUCUUUCAACCUGCGGACAAUAAAUUGGCGCUGAAACUCUUCGGUAACAAGAGCGCACUCUUGAAGGAAAAACGGCGACAGCAAGCAGUCGGCAACUGGGUCAUUCACCCAUGCAGUAACUUCCGGUUUUACUGGGAUUUCUUCAUGCUCCUGGUGCUUAUUACCAACCUCAUUACUCUACCUAUAGCAAUCUCCUUCUUCAACGACGACCUCAGCAUUCACUGGAUAGUCUUCAAUUGUAUAUCUGACACAGUCUUCCUCGUAGACAUUAUCAUCAACUUCCGCACCGGGGUCAUCAUGAACGAUAUUGGAGACGAGAUUCUACUAGACCCGAAACAAAUAGCAGUGCAAUAUUUAAAAACAUGGUUUGUUUUGGACUUGAUCAGUUCCAUCCCUAUGGAUUACAUAUUCCUGAUGAUAGACGCUGACAACAGCGCACCGGACGUCACUCAGCUGAUCCAUGCUGGUCGAGCCUUUCGUAUGCUAAGGCUAGCCAAGCUUCUCAGUCUACUCCGUCUAUUGAGGUUGUCGAGAUUGGUGAGAUACGUCGGCCAGGCGGAAGCAUUCUUCAACUUUGCUGGCAUGUUCAUCCGUAUUUUCAACCUGAUCGGCUUUAUGUUGCUUAUAAGCCACUGGAGUGGCUGCCUUCAGUUCCUGGUUCCGAUGCUAGAAGACUUCCCCCCAAACUCAUGGAUAGCGAUCAAUGAAUUACAGAACGCCCCUUGGUGGCAACAGUACACAUGGGCUUUGUUUAAAGCCCUCUCUCACAUGUUAUGCAUUGGAUAUGGUCGCUUUCCUCCCCAAAGCAUCACUGAUGUCUGGCUAACCAUGGUUAGCAUGCUAAUUGGAGCAAUAUGCUAUGCACUCUUCGUCGGUCAUGCGACAACACUGAUCCAGUCAUUCGACACAUCGAAAAGGCUUUAUCGUGAUAAGAUCAAACAAGUCGAGGAAUAUAUGUCCUACAGGAAAUUUCCACCAGAUCUGCGCCAGAAGAUCACUGACUACUUUGAGUAUCGCUACCAGGGUAAAAUGUUCGAUGAAGAGAACAUCAUGAAGGAACUUUCCGAGUGUCUUAGAGAGCACAUCGUCAACUUUAACUGCCGACCACUUGUUGCUGCUGUUCCGUUUUUCACGCAUGCUGAUCCUAACUUUGUGUCAGAGGUCGUCUCCAAACUCAAAUACAAAGUAUUCCAACCGGGUGAUAUCAUUAUCAAGGAAGGCACCAUCGGUACGAAAAUGUACUUUAUACAGGAAGGCAUUGUGGAUAUCAUCACCAAGGAGGGGGAUGUCGCUACUAGUCUAUCGGAUGGAUCAUACUUCGGCGAAAUCUGCCUUCUCACAAAUGCGAAACGGGUAGCGAGCGUCAAGGCAGAGACGUACUGCAAUAUGUUCUCCUUAGCUGCAGAGCAUUUCAAUGCAGUUUUGAAGCACUACCCAGUAAUGCGACGAACGAUGGAGACAGUUGCAGCAGAAAGACUGACCAAAAUAGGGAGAGAUCCCAACAUAUUCAGCCGCUCACCGGAAGACUCUGAUGAGGAGGCCACGACUGGCUGGCCAUUCAAAAUCGUAUCAAUAGGGAACCUUGCUGUCGAAGGUGGGAAGAAUGGCAAAUUCGGACCAGACCAAAACUCGCAACGCACGAGUUCAAACACGUCUGGCAUGACUUCGGCAAACGAGAUGCAAGCCUCAAAAGAUAUCAAUAGUAGUAGUGAGAAAUGUGCAGAUAGCAAACCUGUUGAAAACAUGGAUGAUUCACCAGACACGUGUACGGUGGUACAUGAAAACACAAAAGCUUAG